AUGAACUACAUUGGAAGCACUUACUGUACUAGAUUUUGUUUGGCUGUCUUGCCGAAGACUUCAUAUGGGGAAAAUGAUUCGGCUUUCCAUUGUCUACUGGAAAAGCUUUCUGAAGACAUGUCAUUGGUUACAUCCGAAGGCCUGUUGGGGCCGGAUGGUCGGAAGUACUGGGCCGCUCCAAUUGCGAUGAAAGGUGAUUGGCCUUUCCUGGCCAAGGCAGGGCAGCUGCAAAGAUCGUUUCACAACCAGCCAAAGCAUGGCCAUGCGAAGAAGACGAAACCAUGUCCUGGGGUUUGUCACUUAUGUGAAGGUGGGAAGCCUUCAAUCCCUUUUGAAGACUUGUCAAUUUUCGCUGAAUGGCAGUUCCACAUGGGGGUGAUUCCUCCUUGGGACUCAAUCCCGAACUUUAUUCUGAACUGUUGCCGGGACGUAUCCUACCCGGAAACAUUUCUAGCGCCGGAUCCCUGGCAUACUUGGCAUUUGGGUGAGGGGCGAAAUUUUUGCUCCAAUGCCAUAGCCUUGAUUACAUCUACAAUGCCACAGGGCAAUAUUGAUGCUAAACUGGAUGCCUUGUACGAAAAAUACAGACAGUAUUGCAGACGCAAUCAGCGUCAGACUUACGCUUCGAAAUUUACAAAGGAACUUUUCAAUGUGAAAGGUACAGAGUACCCCACUGGUGGUUGGACCAAGGGCAAUUUCACCACCUCACUGAUGAAGUUUGUCGAAUUUUAUUUGCACCGGCACGAGAAGGAAUUUGAACCUGACAGCCUGUUUGUCAAGACGGCUCUGGCUGCACGCGUCAUCAACCAGGUCUGGUCCAAGCUCUACGCUGCCCCUCUUUGGAUUCCUUCUUGGGAAGCAGUGGCCAUUGCGAAAAGGGCAUUUGUUUUCUUAGAUUUGUAUAUGAGCUUGGCAUCCCAAGCCAAGCAGGAAGGGUAUCUUUUGUAUUUAGUGAAUGCAAAGGCACAUAUGCUUUCGCAUAUUUUUAGAUCAAUGCUGUGGCAAGCUGACUUGAACGGUGUCGUACUGAACCCGAUGGUUUUUGGAGUUCAAAUGGAAGAGGACCUGGUGGGGAAGUCUUGUCGUCUCAUGAGGAGAGUAUCCCCCCAGGUAGCUGUAGAAAAGACCCUCCGUAGAUAUCUAAUUGCUGCAGCGGAUGCUUGGUCUAAGGCCAAUAUGUGGAACAGAAUUUAA